GCAAUGUCAUUAUUCUCGAAGUUCAAGCACAAGGACAAGCAUUCAGCCUCUCCGUUGAUAGCUGCGCACAACACUCCAUCAUCGCCAAUCUCGUCUGGUAACACGGCAUUCGCACCUCAGGCUCAAGCUCCUUUAGCUGCGGACCGUGACGAACAACCGCAACAACUGCCGAAACAGCGUUUACCAAGUGUUGUUCCAGCACAACGCACCCCAUCUUUCCCAUGGAGUAGUUACACCUUGCCUACUCCCCACCCUUUCCCUCGAUAUGGGCAUGCAUCUCCAGCGACUUCUGGGCCGAAUGGCGAAGUUCACGUCUUCGGAGGCCUCGUCCGAUCAAAACCACGCAACGAUUUAUGGGUUCUCAAACCACAUCCAUCGGAUCCCAAGCUAGGCUGGGAUGUCCGCAUUGUGCAGACCUUCGGUGAGCCGCCGGGUCGUCGUGUCGGCCACGCUGCUGCACUGGUCGGCAAUGCUUUCAUAGUGUUUGGAGGUGACACCAAAGUUACUUUGGAUGGUGCAGAAGACGAAGUGGACCCCACUCCUCAUGAUACAGAUCUGCAUUUGCUCAACACUACAACAAAGACCUGGUCCAAAGCGCAUUUAUCGCCGGCAGGUGCUAGACCAGCAGGAAGGUACGGGCAUACACUCUCACUUCUUGGAAGUAGACUGUACGUGUUUGGAGGUCAGGUCGACGGGUAUUUCUUCAAUGAUUUGGUUUCGUUUGAUCUUAAUGAGCUCAACACCCCUAAAUCGAGAUGGGAACUUGCACCAACCGCACCCGGAACAGCUAUUCCUCCAGCUCGCACGAACCAUUCUUCCGUCGUUCACAAUGAUAAGUUGUACAUUGGCGGAGGUACCGACGGUACCGUUUGGUACAACGAUACAUGGGUUUACGAUCCGCGCACAACGGAAUGGACGCAAUUAACCACGACUGGAUACCUGCCCACCCCACGAGAGGGUCACAGCACAACUGUUGUUGCAGGCGUUGCUUACACCUUUGGUGGACGUGGUCAAGAUGGUGCAGACGUUCCAGGUCUUGCCGCGCUUCAGCUGGAAGGCCCGAUGAGAGGACGAUGGUACGCAUUCCGGGAUAUGGGCGAAGAACCAAAGGGGCGUUCAGGACAUUCCCUUACCGCUGUUGGAAGUUUAAUAGCCGUCCUUGGUGGUGAACGGGGCGUAUUGGAUGGCACCGGAGAUGCAGAGACGGCAAGGGAGGCCGAAAGGCUCUAUGUCCUGGACACUGGGAAGAUCAAAUACCCUGCAGCUCCUUCAGACGGACAGCGAAGUGGGAGUCUAGGCUUAGCACAAGGAAGACAGAUGGCUGCCGGUGUUGGAGCAGCUAGCCCGACGAUGAAAUAUCAGGAGGGAAGCGCUGCCUCACCGUCUGGCGGGCCGCGGUUAUCGCGUCUUCCUCAGCCAAGAUCAACUUCGAGAACGGGAGUUCCCCAGCCAGGAUAUCGCUCUCCUCCCAUAGGUCAUCAGCAGCAGCCAACUAACCGUAAAGUGUCCGCCCCUGUCGUUGGAAAUCCGAGCAUUCAAACGAUGGAACCCAUGACGAUGUCAUUGGCUGCACAAGGUCGUAAGUUGAGUUUGGAUUCCCUAAGAGAAGCCGAGGGCGCAACCUUGAGUCCCACAAGCGAACACUUCAGGAUGACCAUGAACGAGAGGGAGCGGCUUGGCCGCGCAGCGAGCUUUGGAGAGAACGCGAAGGAGAAUGGUCGUCCCUCGACGCAGUCGCCUGGACCAUCGUCGCCAGUAGUUGGUGCGGCACCUGCCCGGGCACCGUCGUCGCAAGCUCAACCACGAACACAUUCCAGACUCGCACAGAUGCAGAAUGGAGUUCAGAAAGAGCGGAGAGAUCGUACUGCAUCUGAGCCUGGAUCUGUAAUGAAUAGUCGACCGGCUACAGGCGGGAACCAACAGGAAUUCGUUGAGCUCAAGCGACGGAAUGCAUGGUUGACUGUUGAAGUUCAGGCUGCUCGUGCCGAACAAAAGGUACCCGCAGAGCAGGAACAAUCGGUUACCCAAUCUCUCCUUGCGCUACGCGAAGAACUGAUGCACGCUCAGAAAGUUAUGGAGGCAGAGAAGGCCCUCGCUGCGCGGAAGAUUAUGGAUGCGGAGCGGGCUAAGGAGGCUGCGCUCAGUGAGGCUGCGUAUGCCCGUGCGGCAAGGGAGGCUGCUCUGAACAAUGACCAGGAAGGAUUCAACCGCAUUGAGGCCGAACGUGCGGCAGAGAUGGGAAAGAAGCUUGCGGCUGCCUUUAAGGAGCAGCGAGCAGCCGAAGAGAAGCUAGAGAGGGUCAGUGAUGAGCUGAAGAGCGAGAAGGAAGCUAGGAAUGCGGUUGAAAACUCCUGGGAGAGCACGAAAGAGGUUGUUGAAAGGGGCGAGGAGAGUUAUAACCGGCUGAAGACAGAGUCGGAAAGCUGGAGGCAGAGGUGUGUUUCGGCCGAGCAAGAAGCUCAUACAGAGGUGUCUCGCAGAAUCGACGCAGAGUCUGAGCGAGAUCGCUUGAGGCUCGAAGCUGACAGUAUCUCCAAGCGUGCAGAAGAGACUACCAAUCGCGCCGCUGAACAAGAAUCUGCCAUAGCAGCAAUCAACACCGCCGUCCUGACGAUCACUAACAGAGCAGAGGAGGCCGAAAGGGCUGUCGAAGAGGAACGUCGAUCCAAGAGCGAGUUGAGAACAGAGUUCACACGCUUGAAGGCGGAGCUUGAAGAAGUUAAGGUCGAAAGUGAGCGCGGUACCACCCAGGCUGAAGAUUUACGUAAGUCGUUGGAGGCUGCUAGGGCUGAAGCGAAUGCAUUAAGGGCCGAAGCUCUGCAGAGCCUUAGCCGAUCGAUGUCAAGAUCCCGAGAAGACAGCGGCAAUGCAGCUUCUGAGUCCGUGUCAGUUGGGAUGCACCAGGCCCUUCAGCGCCAGCUGGACGAAACCAAGGUCUCCCACGAGAACGUUCGGCUCAUGGCGGAUAAAGCUUCGCAAGAACUUGUUGCUGCCUUGGAGAGGGUUUCCGCCCUUGAGAGUCAGCGUAUCAGAGCUGGCAGCGAUAGCGUUGCCACUAAGUCUCGACUUUCUCAGGCUUUGAAGGAGCUUCAGACGCUCAAAACGGAGCACGCGGACCUAAACGCUACGUUGGCUGAAUCACAGCGUGAACUCGAGGCCCUCAAGGCCAAAAACCAAGCUAUGGGCGAGAUCAUCACUGAGCGACCUUCUGCGUCAGGCCACGACAGGACGAACAGUUUUGACAAGCGCAGAUCUCGUGGUCAGACUCCGACAAGUCCAAGACCCGAUGCGUCCAGCACUGAUCAUUCUGAACGCAUGCGCGAGCUCGAAGCAAAGCUAGAGGAGAGCCUGAGGUUCCAGCGUGAACUUGAGGCUCAAGCUGCUGCCGCAUCCCGCCAUCAACGCACGGAGAGCAAUUACUCGAAUGUCUCCAAUAUGGAGGUGGAAGAACGUCUUGCGCGGGCGCAGACACGGGCUACGGAAGCCGAGGCCGAGUUGGCUGAGAGUACGCAAAGUUAUAGAGAGCGACUGAGCCAGUUGGAAAGCGAUUAUCAGUCAGCUGUGCAUUACGUCAAGGGAACGGAGAAAAUGUUGCGGCGAAUGAAAGAUGAAUUGGCCAAGUACAAACAGGCAAAUACAAGGUUGCAAAAUGAGGUGGAACGGUUGAAGGAAAGGUCUGCGAUUGGUGUUGUCAGAGAUGAGCAGUCACAGCGGGUUGAGGCUGAACUUACCGCUUUAAGAGACGACCACAGUGUUCAAAUGCAAGCCCUGAGGGAGGCCCAUACUUCUGAGAUGGAAGGCGUGACGCGUCAACUCGAGAGUCUGAGAGAGCAGUUGGCUUCUUUGCAUGAGGAACGUGAUGCUCUGCACGAGCGUCUUGGCCGGGCUGCCGACAGCGGCAAUGAUUCCGCCACUACACAGGAGCUUCAUGAGGCCCGUGCUGUCAUCGCAAAUCUCCAAUCAGAGAACACUGCUUUGGACGCCCGUGCCUCAGAAGCCGAAGAUAAGAUUGCUCUACUCCUGGAUAGGAUGGAGCACUCCAUUGAUACAUACCGUCAAAGUGUUGUGUCGACGCAGACUCUUGACGCGGCUACGGUGGAUCGCGAUUCUUACAAGGACCGCACCAGUGGUAUGCUAAACUCUCUGGCGAGCGAGUUGGAUCAGCUCAGGGCGCAUUGGGAGGAGACUACUGGUACUGGACAGAGGAAAGAUCGGGGCAGCAUCGGGACUGCAAUGAGUUCUAGGUUCUCUCGGGCUACUUUGAAGAGCUUGGAUUAGGAAGUCUGAUCCGCCGGUCGGAUUCGUGUACAUGGGAGGCAAGAUUGCUUUGAGGAUGUUUGGAUGUCGGGGGAA